AUGAUCUGCUCACACGCUGUUUCCUUUUACUCUAGCUGCGAUGUCAGUGACGCGCUCUGCAAGCUUAAAGUUACUAAUGGCGGCUUCCUAUCCGGACUCACUAUGUGGUCACCUGUCCGACAGGAAGGGCAAACCAAGAUCAUCGGACCAGCAUACACGGUGAAAUACGUGCCUGUGGACUCCCCGGAGCCCAAGCAUCCUUCGCACUACGUAAUUCUUCACUGAGAAAAAAAAAUAAGAGGAUAUCUCCCGCAUCUAAUUCAACAUUUGGAGUAUAGAUCGAUUCCGUCCCCGAUGGCUCUGUUGUCUUCGUCUCAUCGCCCAAGACGCCGAAUGCUGUCUACGGUGGUCUGAUGACGCACCGAGCCCGUGCCAGAGGCGCGGUAGGUGCUGUCAUUGAUGGGAGAUUCCGUGAUCUUCAGGAGCAUCGUGACGUUCAGUUCCCGGUUAGGCAAAAUUGGUUUCCCAACACCAAGUAUGUUGCCGUAAACUACUCACUAAUCACGUUCAUAGAUCUUCGCACGCGAUGUUGGCACCUCUCCACCUUAUGAAACUGUCAAAGUCGCCGCUGUAA